AUGCGAAGCCAUCCCUUCCACACUCUCCAAUCUCAAAUCGAAACUCUUCUCAUGCAACUUGGCAAUACCUUCCUGACUCCCUCUGCUCCCCGUGACGACUCGGCUCAGGAUCAUCGCUCAUCGACGGAGAUUGCAAAACAAAAUCUUGAACUUCGUUUCAAACUCAUGACACUCCAACAAGAAUUAUUGGAUUUGACAACUGACACUGAUGAAGAAGUAUUGAACAAGUACCAAAAAGAAUUUAUGAACAUUUCAAUGAAAGCCAUGAAAUCACUUUUAAACAACACAACUUCUCGAACUUUACCGAAUCUUCAAACUUCAUCAUCAUUACAUGAUCCAUCCAUGACAAGUGGCAGUUGGAUCCGAGAGGAACCCUUCUCUGAAAUUCCAUCCGUGAUGAUUUUUCAAGAAAUUUCACAAUUGAACUCACAAGUGAAACAACGAAAACAACAAUGUUUACAACAAAUGGCCAAAAUUGAUGAAUUAUAUGAACAAUUGGCUUCCAAUGGAUUAGCAAUUGAUUUAUUGACCAACAUUGAACAUCUUGUCAUGACACCUUUAGACAAGUGUCAUCUCAUCCUUACCAAUCCGUCCACUACCAAAUUUAGUAUCAAGAAUGAAAAAGAUAUCCAAUUAUUUGAUUCACUUUUUAAAGAAUUUCAACAAGUCAAAGAUCAAAUUCUUCAAGGAGAUUGCAUUCCAUUAUUGAACGAUUUUAUUGUAAAAACAGAAGAACAUGUUGAAACCAUUUCCAAUUUUUUACUGAAUUUUCAAAUUUGCACCCAAUCCAUGUUACACAAUGAAAUUCAUCGAUGUAGCAACACUCUCUCCAAUGACAGACUCAAAGACUUUGAACUUGCCAUUUAUUUGACGAAUUGGAAACAAGAUUUUUAUUCAGAAUUGAAUUUGACAUCAUGGACGACGAAUCAUUCACCCACCGUGCAAGAACUCUCGAAAACUCUUCGAGAUCUCGCUCUCCAUUUAGAAGAAGGUCAUUCCGAACAUGAAGAUCUUUCUUGGUUCAAUGAUUUGCUUCAACAAGUGAAGCGUUCACUUGUCCAUGAGUAUUCCCUUCUUUCACAACACUUUAUUAAUGCAAAUACCUUUCCACACCCAUUAUUUGAAGGACUUGUGAGUUGUAUGGUAUAUUAUCAAGAAUUGAAAUCAAUCGCCAAUGCACUCGUUCAGGAAAGUAUUCCAUUGAUUUUUCAAAAACACAAAUAUUUUGAAAAUGCUCGAGAAUUGAUUCAAAAUUUUUCACACAUGCAACAGAGAUUGGAAGAAAUUAACAAACAAAAAAGAAAUAUUGAGAGAGUGAUUAAAAAGAUUCAGUUAGAAAUUGAGGGAUUGAGAGAAGAGCUGUUAUAUGAAAAGAAUUUGGAGCAACAAGAGGUUCUAAAAAAGGAAAUUUCAGAACAAGAGUUGAAAAUUCUGACACAUAAGGAACAAGCUCGUCAAUUGAUUCAUGAAUCGAAUGAAAUUCGUCUGACUUUAUUGAAAUUGCGCCAACUUGGAUUUUCCGAAGUGUUUUCACACACUCUCGAAGAGAUGCAUCCCAUUUUGGGAAUUCCAGAACUCUCUCCUGAUUUUUUCAAACAAAUUUCUCAACUUUCUGGUUGGAGUGGUAAUCACAGCGUUUUUGAAGCCACAGAUUUUCAAUCCAAACGUUACAUUAUCAAACAAUAUCAAGUACGAGAUCACAAAGAUUUGGACAAACUUAAAAAGGAAUUGAAAAUUCUUCAAAAAAUUAAGCAUCGAAAUAUUGUCACUUUGGAAGGUUAUUAUUUAGAGACCAACACGUCACAUCGUUCCAUUUCGAUUUAUGUGGUCAUGCCGUUUUACAAUGGAGGAGAUUUAAAACAAUUUAUUUCCAGACAGAAACAACAUGAGACAAUACAACUUUUCAAAUUAGAUAUGAUAUUUUGGGAACGAUUAUGGAGACAAUUAUUAUUAGCGAUUCAACACAUUCACUCGAGUGGUGUCAUUCAUUGCGACAUCAAACCAGAAAAUAUUUUUAUUGAAAUUCAUCAAGUUCACAUUCGAGUGAUUUUGGGAGAUUUCGAUGUCAGUAUGGACACUCAAAAUCGAACAUUGAAUAUGGUCACUCGAACUUGUGGAUCUAGCGGUGGUACUUUGGAAUAUUUGGCUCCUGAAAUUGUGAAAUUGGGACAAAAAGCAUCGUUCAUGUCAGAUAUGUACGCAUUUGGAAAAACUGUCAAAAAUGUCAUGUUACAGGAAUUGAAAGAAUAUCCAUCUCUUCAUGAUCUCGUAACACAAUGUUUGAGUGAAGAUCCAUCAAAGAGACCUUCUUCUUCUGAAGCUUUGGCCAAUGCAUUUUUCACAGUCGAUACGCUUCCAAAAGAAAUUGAAUUCCAAAAUAAGUUAAAACAAGUGGAAAUCGAUCAACAAGUGUUAGAGAAGAAACAAUCAGAAAUUAGUGAAUUAUUGCAAAAUUUAGAAAAACAACGACAAGAUAUUCAAAGACAAGUUUUCGAGUUGGAAAAUGAAAGACAGCUCUAUCAAGAUGAAACUCAACAACAACGAAUGGAAAUUCAACAUCAAAUUGACAUGCUCCAAAAAAAGGAAAAAACUUUGCAAGAAUUGGAUGAAAAGUUGAGAAAUGAUUCAAAAUCUCAGCUCACGGUCUCUUUACCUUCGUAUUGGAAAUAUCGACUUGUGAAUUCUCCACAACAUGGGUCUUCAUCGCCAUUGAUGAUUGUUGAGGUGACCAAACACAUGAAAGAUAUUAUUCAAGAGUUACUGGAUUUUACUUGUCGCGCUUCAACAUUGGGAAGUGGACGAGAUCAACAAGUUCGAAUGACUUACACUCAGUUAGUGGUGCACCAGAUAUUCAGAAUUGAAAAUCCAACCUUAUUUUCCUUAUAUAGUACUCGAAAACAGCAAUUGAUGGCGUAUAAUGACCCUGCAAAUCCCAUCCAUGUUCAAACUCAUCAAGUUUCACAUUCCAAUGCUCAGACAUGGAUCAAACAAUGUGGUUUAGAUCUUUCUUGCAAUGAAGUGUAUUUAUGGCAUGGAACGAAACCCAAUGUCGUCAAAUCUAUUACAGAACAUGGAUUCGAUGAGAGACUAAGUAAUUUGAGUGGUCUCUUUGGAGCUGGAAUUUAUUUUGCAGAAAAUUGUAGUAAGAGUGAUCAAUAUUGCACUCCAGAUUCUAAUCAAGAGUAUUCCAUGUUUUUAAGUCGAGUUGUGUUGGGAAGACAAAUUUAUCAGGCAGGCGCUUCCACGUCACAAAGUUUGGGAAAUCAGAGAAGACCUCCACAAAUUCCAAAUACCAAUGGUAGAGUGUAUGAUAGUGUGAUUGGAAAGUCGAAUGCAUCAUCCAGUGCCUACACGGAAUUCAUUGUCUAUGAUAGGAAUCAGUGCUAUCCUGAAUUUCUCAUCAAGUACAAGAGACAAUAA